UCACCAGAGAGAAGUCUGUUUUCACCAGAAGGUCCAGUUAUGACAUUUUAAUUAAACAUGAUGAAGAAUUAAGAAAAGAGAGUAGAUUUUAAUUUCGUGCAAACUUAAAGUCCCGUAAUCAAGGACAACUGGAAAAGUCAUUAAAAAAUAACUGGUCCAAAUUGUGGACAACCCUGUUUAUAAGUUUGAGCUGCCCAGCCCUUUUCUGAACAUCUCAUGGAUCCAUCAUGAGUCCAGGGAAGCAUUCGUUUAGUUUGAUUACAGAGUAAUGUUGAACAUGUGUGGGUUUGUGUGGAAGGUGCUGGCAGUUUGUCUGGAAUAACUGCAGUGGUUCAGCUAAUAGGAAAAGAGGGAGUGUCUACAACAAGCCAAUACACACGCAAGCCAUUCUCCUGGAUCAGAGCGGCUCAUUCCAGACAUGUCUCUCCAGAAUUACCAGAAUUGCACUAUUCGUUCCUCAAUUCCAAAACUUGCCCUCUUUACACCCUCUUGAAUUAGAUGAAAGCAAUCAAUCGAUCUUAUCUCCGAGGGAAAUCGUUUCCCGGCGUCUGGCAAAACGGUACCAGCACAAGCUCUUGAUGUCAGUGUAGAUGUCUUGAGUUCCUGUGAAAAGUGAUGAGCGUCUGGGAGUGUGGGUUGCUGAUAUUUGAGCCUGAGAAUCGGGUGGAGGAGUUCAGAGAAUGACUGCAGACAAAGGUGUAGAGUGGCACUAGAGUCGUCGCCGCAGAAGAGCUUUGUGGAGUUGGUGUCAGGAGGACUACAAUGAAAAGUAGAGGAGGGGCUAAAAAGACUUUGCUUCGAGCAAAUCCCGAACUCCGUGUGUCAUUGGUCUGCCAGAUGCCCCCAGUGUAAAGGAAGUAUCACCAGGGAAACUUGUAGUCGCUACACUAACAUGCAUGUGCUUGGUUCUUCGUUAUUUUUAAACACCCGUCGCUUCCUGCGCUGAGCGAGGAUCCAGGCAGAAUCAUCCCUGGGAUUGGCUGUAGAACUUUUUCUGGCUUGAACCUUUAGAAAAAUCCUUCAGUAAUGUUCUCGUCUUCUCUUCCACAGUUAUAUUGCAAAGCCUUUGCAAAGAUGGGGGACGACAAGCCUUUUGUGUGCAGUGCUCCUGGCUGUGGGCAGAGGUUUACUAAUGAGGACCACCUGGCUGUCCAUAAACACAAACAUGAAAUGACGCUGAAGUUUGGACCCGUUAGAACUGACUCCGUCAUCAUUGCAGACCAGACGCCGACUCCCACUCGUUUCCUGAAAAACUGUGAAGAGGUGGGCCUGUUCAAUGAGCUGGCCAGCUCCUUCGAGCAGGAGUUCCCUAAAGCCCAGGAAGAUGAGGACAAGAGGGCCAAGAACCCGUUGCCUGCUCCUAAUUCAGGAGCACUUGACAUGAGUUUGCAGACACCUUCAGACAUUAAAGUGAAGGAGGAGGACCCCGUGGAGGUGGACUCUUCUCCGCCUGCCAGCCCUGACUCCAUCUCCAGCAUGUCAGACAGCAGCAAAGAGCCCGUCAGCAGAGGAAAGGAUUCUCCUCUAAAGCCUGCCGUCAGUUCGGCUCCCACCCCUGCCAUAGUGCGUCCUGGCUCCCUCCCACUGCACCUGGGUUAUGACGGCCUGCAGCCCACCAUGCCCUCCCCUACCUCUGUAAUUACACACACCCCACCAUCCAACCGCACACUGGGAACACCCACAACACCGCACCAAACAAUGAUGAUUCCCAACAACAAUCAAACAGUUCCUGUGCUUCCAGGUCCUAUGCAGAUGCCCUCUGUAAUAUCUCUGGCGAGGCCCCUGUGUAUGGUGCCCAACAUUCCAGGAAUUCCCGGCCCUCCACUAGGGGGCAGCAGCAGUGGCUCAUCUUCACCCUCAGGCUACUACCCCCACAAUGAGGCAAAGAUGAGGUUGAAGGCAGCAUUAUCUCAGCAGAUGCCCACAGCUCAGGGUUGCCUUGGUGUGGCGAUGGGGUCCAGUGCGAUGGUCCCUCAGAGAGUGGAGCAAAGCCAGCUGCUGGUCCAGCAUCCAGACGCCCCGUCCCCUGCUCAGCCACAGGUGUCACCCGCUCAGCCCAUCGGAGGUCGCAGGCGGAGGACGACUGAUGACGACCCUGAUGAGAGGAGGCAGCGCUUCCUAGAGCGGAACCGGGCAGCAGCUUCUCGUUGCAGACAGAAGCGCAAGAUAUGGGUCAGCUCUCUGGAGAAGAAGGCUGAAGAACUCUCCUCCAUCAACGUCUCGCUGUCGAACGAGGUGUCUCAUCUGCGAAACGAAGUUGCUCAUCUGAAGCAGUUGCUGUUAGCCCAUAAAGACUGUCCCGUCACCAACCUCCAAAAGAAAGCCGUCUACUUGGGAGAGGAGCGCAUGAAAGAGACGUCUGAGCCCACGGGCUCCCCGGCACCGGUUAUUCAGCACAGCUCUCUGGCCCCCAGCCCCUCGUCUGCGGUAGGCCCCAACGGCCUGAACUCCCGUGCUGCGGCUGAGGCGGUGGCCAUGUCAGUGCUGGCGGGGAUGGGCAGCCAAAGAGGGGAGAGCGGCGGGCCGUCGCACGUCAUCAUGGCCACACAGUCCCACCCAUCCAACAGAUGAUGAGAGCAGGUAACAGUCUGCCUGGGACUCUCCGCAUCCCGGGAGAGGGGGGCAGAUCUGCCAGAGAAGAAUGCUGGUUCCCUCUCACGCCAUCAUGCUCUGGCCUGGAGCUCAGCUGCAUUCUGGGAAUGAAACCGGGACUAUGUACUCAUAUAGAGAGAGACAGAAAGAGAUUGUCGUUCACUAUGCCAUAGACUACGGGGGCUGGACUCCAAACCAUGCUCUCAUUUGCAUCCUCUGUAACUCCUGCACCUUCCUUCAACUUCCUCCUGCUCCUCCACUGGCUGUAGGGCUGCAAAAGCACUUCCUGUCAUUAAACAUAUUCCCACAGACACACGCUGCAAUAAAGACAUUGUUCGUUUGAACCGUGACUGUGCACUCGGUGUAUGUCACGAGUUGCGACGAUGCAAUACUUUAUAUAUUCUUAUAUAUAUAUAUAUAUGUAUCAGUAAGUGUGUGUUUGAGAGAAACAUGAUGCUUUAAUGUUCUGUAGGAUCUUCUACCUUGCUAUUUCAGAGCAGGUUUUUAGUUUUCAGGUUGCUAUCCCCCUCAUCUGACCCUUGCUCAUCUUACCUCAUUUUUAACCUGUUAUAUACGUUUAUAAUCGACGUGUGCAUGUGUGCUUCUCGUGUGGGUGUACAGUGAUGUACAAUGGAAAGUAGCAGUUUGUAAUGAACUGAUACACUAAGACUGCCCAUUAGCAUGCAGACUUUUUGCUAUAUAUAAACUGUAUUGUAUUGGCACAUUGUGUUCAGUUUGGGCUAUGGAACCUCAUAGUUUGGUCCUAUCGUUGUUUUCUUGUGUACGACAAACUCAGAAACAGCAAACAGCAUACUGUCCGAGGUCAUUGUGUAUGAUGAGGACCCUUGUCUUGAGAAAUCGACAUAUUUACUGUUUUAAAUUAUGCCAUUUCCUUUCCCUGUGAUCACAGAGUUUUAAAUGCAGCUUUAGAUUGAGUUGUGUUGAGUCUCCUGAAGUAGUCUGAGACUUUUUUUGCCCUGCCUUUUUCUUUUUUAUUAGUUAUUGUCUAUCCCUGCUGCUGUGUUCUUUAUGGAAUCCCAUUUCUGCUACAUAAGAGUUCAAAAAAUAUGCUUUGGUAAAUAAUUAGUAUUAGAUAAAACAUCAAUAUUAUUAGAUACUAAGUCAUUAUGAGAUAAAAAGACAUACCAAGUAUGACAUGCAUAAUUAUGAGAUUAAAAAAUAGACAAUAGAGCAUAAAUGUCAUAAUAAUGAUGUAAAAAUCAUAACAGAGAUAGUCAAAAUUAAAAUUAUGAAAAAAAGUACAUUUUGAAAUUGAGAUUUUUUUUUACCUUUAUCCCAUAAUUAUGACUUAUGAAGUGUCAUAAAAAUUCAUAAAGUAAAAAUUGUCCCCCAAAAAUUUAUAAAAAUCAUAUAUCAACUUUGAUUGACAAUUAUUUACAAUUUCAUAAUUUCUCAUGAUAGCGUCUUACAAUGUAGACUUAUCUCAUUAGUAUCUAACAAUUUUGACUAUAUAUAUGUAUAUAUUUUUGUAUGUGUCAGAAAUUGGCUUCCAUUUUGCUCAAUUUACAGAAAUACAGACCUAGUGCCUCCCGUUCAGUCAUUUUAAAGUUGAUAUCACGAUGCUUUGUAACACUAUUUGUUUCUCUGGUUGCUUAUCAACUCAUUAACAUGCACAAUCCCUUAUAAACAAUUAGAAGAGAUGGGGAUUCUGCCUUAUUAAUCACACGAGUGCCUCUUUAUAGGUUAACCUCACUGGUCACCUAGCAUAUUCAGGCAUCUGUACCAUCAGACCUGGAGUAAUGAAUUAACAGUAAUGCCUUUAAUAACUGCCAGAGAGCGCUGCCCUUCAUUUUAAGCAUAUUCUUUACUGCCACCUGGAUGUAAUAGGGUGCUAUUUCAAUGUACCUAGAAAGGCUGCAGGGAACAAAGAGUGUCCAAUUCUACUGUUGUUUGAAUGCUUUUAUCUAUACUAAGAUGUUUAUCCAAACAUAUGGUCUUUUACGCAAUAUCAGACACUUUUAAAAAAAAUAAAAAUAAGGGACUAAGAUGUACUGUUGUUGAUCAAUGUAUGUAACUUGAACUUUUUCAACAUUAACACAAUGAUAAUUAAUACAGUGUCAGUCCAAAAUGUAUAUAGGCCUGUUAGAAUGCACUAAAAGACAUUUUGGGUUCAUUUUUCCAGUUCGGUGUCUCGGAGAUUGUCAGCUAGUCUUUUAAUAAAUAGCAUAUCAAGGUUACCACUUAACCGAUAUCUCACAAAUGUCUCCUGGUUUAAGUGUUGACCCUGGCUUUUCUGUUAUAUUAUCUGCUGGCACUGUAGUCGUUCAGCCAAACCCAUAUAGAGGAUUGUUGAUCUGAAAUGAGCAGAAUUGAGAAUUUUUAGCUUCACUGGCACUUUUUCUAAGAUUUCAUUUUUUCAUUGUAUGCUGCCAGGACUAUAGAAAUGACCUACUGCAAUACAUCUUUUGUGUGUGUGUGUGUGUGUGUGUGUGUGUGUGUUGUAAGACAGAAAAGUACAAAUUCUUUUGUAGACUUUCUUUUCUCGUUUCAUUUCGUGUUUUUCUAACACUUUGUACUCAAAUAUUUGUAGGUAUUUUUAUUUGUAUAGAUUAAUAAGAUUUAGUUUGAUUCCCCCUUUUACUGAUAAUCACUUUAAAGUUGAACCAAAUUUUUGAUGGACUUAAUGAUCCAUAAUUCCAACAUGAUGCACAAUUAAUUUAUUAUGGAAUUAGUUCAUGCAAGGCAAAUUCAAUGCAGUUUCCCUGAGAACAAAAGUCAUUUUAAAUAGGAUGAUCUUAGGCCAAAGAAAAAAGAGGAUAUUGUGGGGAAAAAAAAGUUGAUUUAAGUGUAUGUCUUUUAUGGGAAAUAACCUCACUCCAAGUUGGACUGAUAGUUUUUGGAAUUGUCCUUGUUGUGUACAUAUGUGUACCAUAUAUAUUUACUAUUUUUCAUGCAUGCUGAAGUGAAAUAUUCUGAACACAGUGCUGCAGUUUUGAUUAAACAAAUACAAAACAAAACAAA